AUGUAGCAGCUCUCCAAGGUAAGGAUUAACUACCUUAAGUUCUGUCGAAUUCUGCGGCAAGCACAAAAGAAGGAUAACUACUAGGUACCUACCUAGGUAGCACCUUAGUUUCUUGCCCUAUGGAACCUUUAAAUCUUGGUAAUCUGUACGCUUGUAGCAUGGAGGUGGUAACUUGCCCCUCCGAAAAAUCGGACCCCGAUGUUCGGUCGCCAAAACUAAAAACCGCUCUCCCACCUUACCUAACGUCGUCGGCCCUGACCUGACCACGCAUCGGCAACUACAACCGAUCACGGACUUUUCCAACACGGAAGGGAAUAAAAUCUGCACGGCAGGCUGGAUAAGAUGGCGUCCCAAGUGGUGACCAAGAUUGAGCUCAGCUCACUGCCCAAGCUGGCGAGCGGCAAGGUUCGCGACCUGUACGAGAUCGAUGACAAGACGCUGCUCUUCCUGACAACGGAUCGCAUCUCUGCCUUCGAUGUUAUCAUGGCCAAUGGCGUGCCUUGGAAGGGCGCCAUCCUCACUCAGCUCACGGCGCAUUGGUUCGGCGUUCUUGCCGAACGAAUCCCCGGCCUUAAAACGCACUUCCUGACCUUGGCACCCCCGGCUGGCCUCAGCCCCGCCGAGACGGAACUAGUCCGCGGCCGCAGCAUGCAGGUGCGCAAGCUCAGGGUGUUUCCCAUCGAGGCCAUUGUGCGCGGCUAUAUCACGGGUAGCGCCUGGUCCGAGUACCAAAAGAGCGGCACGGUUCAUGGCCUGCCCCAGCCCGCCGGACUCCAGAGGUGCUCGCCCUUCCCCGAGGCCAUCUACACGCCCAGCACCAAGGCCGAGCUGGGCCAGCACGACGAGAACAUUACGCCGGCGCAGGCCGCCGAGAUUGUCGGCGAGCGCUACGCUUCCCGCAUCGAGGCCCUAGCUCUGCAGGUGUACAACGCUGGCGCCGCCUACGCUCGUGAGCGCGGUAUCAUCAUCGCCGACACAAAGUUCGAGUUCGGCCUGGACGAAGAGACGGACGACAUUGUGCUCAUUGACGAGGUGCUUACGCCCGAUUCGUCGCGGUUCUGGCCAGCCGAUGAGUACGAAGUCGGGCGCGACCAGGACAGCUUUGACAAGCAGUUCUUGCGCAACUGGCUGAUGAAGGAGGGCCUAAAGUACAAGGAGGGCGUCGCUAUGCCACCCGACGUGGCCGAGGCCACCAGCGUGAGGUACAAGGAUGCAUUCAAGCGCUUGGCAGGAAAGACACUGGAUGAGGCGCUUGCGGAACUGGAUGCCUGAAUUUGAUCACAUAUCCUGCGGGUAUGGGGUGAGUGAAGCCACGGCAUCUGGUGGGCUGGUCGGCGCGCAAUGGUUCUAGGGAAGCAAGCAAGUGGAGGAUAGGAGUUAGAGAUGCGCCACUCGCCGACAAUCACCACCCUGCCGCCCUCGUCGUGGGCCGGCUUCCACGAACUAGGCAAAAGAGACAAGAAAAAGACCGGGCUGUGCGUGAUGGUAGAUAGACAACGAAGGUCGAUCAGUCAUUUGGCCAGAGACAUUGGCUUCUUGGCUCGCGAAUUCACCGUAGGGACCUCUCAAGCUACGAAAAAGCAUGUGCCAAGGUGAUGCUCGAUAUGGUGGAAUGUCCCUGCCUGCCUGCCUGCCUGCCUGCCUGCCUGCCU